CUUCCAGGUCGACUAUAAUGCAGAUAAUUGGUUGACCAAGAACAUGGAUCCUCUGAAUGACAAUGUGACGGCUCUGCUUAACAACUCCUCCAGCAACUUCAUCCAGGACCUGUGGAAAGACGUGGAUCGAGUGGUGGGUCUGGAGACCAUAACCAAGAUGUCAGAGAGUUCGGUGCCCAGCUCCACUAAAUCCAAGAAAGGCAUGUUCCGCACAGUGGGUCAGCUGUACAAGGAGUCGCUGGGCAAGCUGAUGACCACGCUGCACAACACCCAGCCCAACUUUGUCCGCUGCAUCAUCCCCAACCACGAGAAGAGGGCUGGGAAGAUGGACUCCAACCUGGUGCUGGAGCAGCUCAGGUGUAACGGGGUGCUGGAGGGCAUCCGAAUCUGCAGACAGGGAUUCCCCAACCGCAUCGUGUUCCAGGAGUUCAGGCAGAGAUAUGAGAUUCUGGCUGCCAAUGCCAUCCCAAAGGGCUUCAUGGAUGGGAAGCAGGCAUGCUGUCUGAUGGUAAAGCACCUGGAUCUGGAUCCUAACCUGUACCGUAUUGGUCAGAGUAAAAUGUUCUUCAGGACGGGAGUUUUGGCCCAGCUGGAGGAAGAGAGAGACCUCAAACUGACCGUCGUCAUCAUCGCCUUCCAGGCACAAGCAAGAGGCUUCUUGGGUCGCAAGGCUUUCAGUAAACGUCAGCAGCAGCUGAGCGCCAUGAAGGUCAUCCAGAGGAACUGCGCCUGUUACCUCAAACUCAAGAACUGGCAGUGGUGGAGGCUCUUCACUAAGGUGAAGCCCCUGCUGCAGGUCACUAGACAAGAAGAGGAAAUGGGUCAGAAAGAAGAGGAACUAAAGGCAGCAAAAGAGAUGGCAACCAAGGCUGAGACCGAACUGAAGGACAUCUCCCAGAAACACACGCAGCUGCUGGAGGAGAGAGCCCAGCUCGAGUUGAAGCUUCAUGCGGAGACGGAGCUGUAUGCCGAGGCUGAGGAGAUGAGGGUGCGGCUGGAGGCCAAGAAGCAGGAGCUGGAGGAGGUGCUGCAUGAGAUGGAGGCCCGGCUGGAGGAGGAAGAGGAUCGCAGCCUUUCCCUACACCAGGAGCGGAAGGACAUGGAGCAGCAGCUACAGCUAAUGGAGUCCCACAUACGCGAGGAAGAAGACGCUCGGCAGAAGCUGCAGCUGGAGAAAGUGGCUGUGGAGGGAAAAGUGAAGAAAAUGGAGGAGGACAUUCUUGUCAUGGAGGACCAGAACAACAAACUGCAGAAGGAGCGAAAGCUUCUGGAGGAGAGGUUGGCUGACAUGAGCUCCAACCUGGCAGAGGAGGAGGAGAAGUCCAAGAAUCUGACCAAACUCAAGACCAAACACGAGUCUAUGAUCUCAGACCUGGAGGUGCGUAUGAAGAAGGAGGAGAAGGGUCGUCUGGACAUGGAGAAAGCCAAGAGGAAGGUGGAGGCUGAGUUGGCCGACCUCCAGGACCAGCACGCUGACCUGCAGGCCCAACUAGACGAGCUCCGAGCUCAGCUGGCCGCCAAGGAAGAGGAGCUCCAGGCCACACAGGCUCGCUUGGAGGAGGAGAGCAAUCACCGUGGGGCGGCGGUGAAGCGGGUUCGGGAGCUGGAGGUACUGCUCUCAGAACUGCAGGAGGACUUGGAGGCAGAGAGGGCAGCGAGGGGGAAGGUGGAGGCGGCUCGGCGGGAUCUCGGAGAGGAGUUGAAUGCUUUACGCACAGAGCUGGAGGACAGUCUGGAUACCACCGCUGCCCAGCAAGAGCUACGGGCGAAGCGUGAGCAGGAGGUGGCCAUGCUGAAAAAAGCCAUGGAGGACGAGGGGCGGAGCCACGAGGCCCAAAUCCAGGACCUCAGGCAGAAACACAGCCAGGCUGUGGAGGAGCUCAAUGAACAGCUGGAGCAGGCCAAGAGGGUGAGAGCUGGUCUGGAGAAAGCCAAGCAGGUUCUGGAGAAGGAGUCGGCAGAUAUGAGCGCCGACCUGCGAUCCCUCGCCAGCGCCAAACAGGAAGUGGAGCACAAGAAGAAGAAGGUGGAGGGUCAGCUGAAUGACCUGAACUCGCGCUUCAAUGAGAGCGAGCGGCAGAGGACCGAGCUGGGGGAGCGAGUCUCCAAGAUGACUAUGGAGCUGGACAGUGUGACGAGUGUGUUGAACGAGGCGGAGGGCAAGAACAUCAAGCUGAGUAAAGAGGUCUCCACUCUGUCCUCUCAGCUCCACGAUGCACAGGAGCUGCUGUCAGAGGAGACUCGUCAGAAGCUGAAUCUGUCCGGACGUCUGCGUCAGAUGGAGGAAGACAGGAACAGCCUGAUGGAGCAGCUGGAGGAGGAGACUGAGGCCAAAAGGGCCGUGGAGAGGCAGGUCUCCAGCCUUAACAUGCAGGUGUCUGACUACAAAAAGAAGCUGGACGAAAUGUCGGGGAUGGUGGAAAUGCUGGAAGAGGGGAAGAAGCGUCUACAGCGCGAGCUGGAGGCGACCAACAGCGACUACGAGGAGAAGGCGUCCGCAUACGACAAGCUGGAGAAGAGCCGGAGCCGGCUGCAGCAGGAGCUGGAGGACGUCCUCAUGGACCUGGACAGCCAGCGGCAGCUCGUCUCCAACCUGGAGAAGAAGCAGAAGAAGUUUGAUCAGAUGCUGGCUGAGGAGCGCGCUGUGUCCUGCAAGUUUGCAGAGGAGCGGGAUCGAGCGGAGGCGGAGGCGAGAGAGAAGGAGACGCGGGUGUUAGCUCUGGCCAGAGCGUUGGAGGAGAACCAGGACUCUCUGGAGGAGGCGGAGAAGACCAUGAAGGCCCUCCGAGCUGAGAUGGAGGACCUCAUCAGCUCUAAGGACGACGUGGGAAAGAGUGUCCAUGACCUGGAGAAGGCCAAGCGUGGCCUGGAGGCCAUCGUGGACGAGAUGAGAACGCAGAUGGAGGAACUGGAGGACGAGCUGCAGGUCGCUGAGGACGCCAAGCUGCGUCUGGAGGUCAAUACUCAGGCUCUGAGAGCUCAGCAUGAGAGGGAGCUGCACGCCCGCGAUGAGAUGGGUGAAGAGAAGAGGAAGCAGCUCCUCAAACAGGUGCGUGAGCUGGAGGCGGAGCUGGAGGAGGAGAGGAAGCAGCGAGGUCAAGCGUCAGGCAGCAAGAAGAAGCUGGAGGGGGAGCUGAAGGACAUGGAGGACCAGCUGGAGGCCACCAACAGGGGGCGUGACGAAGCAGUAAAGCAGCUCCGCAAGAUCCAGGGCCAGGUGAAGGAUCUCCAGAGGGAGCUGGAGGACUCGCGCGCAGCCCAGAAGGAGGUCCUCGCCUCAGCCAGGGAGUCUGAGCGCAGAUCCAAGGCCAUGGAGGCGGACAUCGUCCAGCUCCACGAGAUGUUGGCAGCAGCUGAGAGAGCUCGUAAGCAGGCAGAGGCGGAAAGAGACGAGCUGACUGAAGAACUGGCCAGUAACUCCGGAAAAUCACUACUCUCUGAUGAAAAGCGUCGUCUGGAGACUAAGAUCAACCAGCUGGAGGAGGAGCUGGAGGAAGAGCAGACCAACGUGGAGAGCCUCAAUGACCGGCUGAGGAAGAGCCAGCAGCUGGUGGAGCAGCUGGGUGCAGAGCUGGCAGCAGAGAGGUCUUCCUCUCAGAGUCGGGAGGGAUCCAGGCAGCAGCUGGAGAGACAAAACCGCGAGCUGAAGGCCAAACUGCAGGAGAUAGAGGGCCAGGGCCGCUCCAAACUCAAAUCCUCUAUCGCCGCCCUCGAGGCCAAGCUGAGAGAGGUUGAAGAGCAGCUGGAGAUUGAGAGCAGAGAGCGUCAGGCCAACGGAAAGAAUCUGCGCCAGAAAGAGAAAAAACUGAAGGAAUUAACCGUCCAGAUGGAGGAUGAGAGGAAGCAGGCGCAGCAAUACAAAGACCAGGCAGAGAAAGGCAACAUUCGGGUGAAGCAGCUGAAGCAUCAGCUGGAGGAGGCGGAGGAGGAGGCUCAGCGCGUGGCGGCGGCUCGCAGGAAGCUGCAGAGGGAGCUGGAGGAGGCGAGCGAGGCCAACGACACUCUUAACAGAGAGAUGGCUUCACUCAGGAGCAAACUGAGGCGUGGUGGCGGGGAGGUGACGUUCAGCAGCCCCAGUCCCCGUAGCAGCAGCAGCAGCAGCAGCAUGAGGAGCCUGGGGCUGGGAGGGAGCAUCAGCCGGAGGAGCACCAUCAAGGAGAACUCAGUGGAGCUGCAGGAGGAAGAGCCUCGAUCCCCGUCUCCUCCUGCCUGUAACCAGGAGCAACGCGGGGAGGCCAACAACUUCUCCCAUGAUGAGUAGAGGGACCUCAGCAUUGUGAUUGGAUAUCACCAAAGUAAAGUGGGCAGAACCUGUUCCACAAAUAUUUAUACUAUAUGCUUUUAAUUUAAAUUUUAACAAUAAUGUUCCUGAACAGAGAAAAAAAGGAGUCUUGUGGAUAUUAUAACAACAAUAUUGUAUAUUUAUGUUGAAAUUUGUUUCGGUCUCUCGAGUAAUUACACAAAAAAGUUGGAGUAAAAGACAAAUAUGACAGCAGAACAGCCCAAGAUAGAGACGAGAUAUUUCUACAAACCAAAACAGCUGAAGCUACAGCUUAUUGUGCUGAGCUUUCUUUUAAUACACAACUUAUUUGGUGUCAAAAAGUAACUCAAAACUCUAAACUAUCCCUACUAUACUGAUUACAGCACUAUAAUAUUUGUUCACCAAAUAAUUUUCAAUUAUUCCAGACUUACAAAGUCUGUAAAAUUAAUUGGCAACUCGUAAAAAUUCAAAACAUGCAGGUUCCAGCUUCUCAAAUAUGAAGAUUUGAUGCUUUUUGUCGUCAUAAAUAUGAUAGUAAACUGAAUACAUCUGUUGGUCAGAUCAAACAAGCAUCUUUGAAGACAUCACCUUGGACUCUAGGAAGUUAUACUGGGUGUUUUUCAUUACUUUCUGACAUUUAUUGACAAAAUAAUUAAUUGAUCGAUCAAGAAAACAAUCUAAAGAGAUAUAUUUACUUUAGCCCUGUCCCCUUGUUUCUUAAAUAUGCACCUAAGACCCUCCCUUUCCGGCAGUUAUUUAUCAGUGUUACAACAAAACCAAACACUUAUAAGUUAUGUUAUACGCCAUGUUAGCGACCUUUCAAUCACAAGGUAGUCCCGCCCAAAAGCAUAUGACUUGAAACUAGUGACUGACACCAUAAACUCAUUAGGAAAGUGUUUACUAAGGUAAUAAUUCAGCUGGGAAGUAGAAACAUUUUAUCAAUAUUUCUAAUGGAAACGGACUUCUUUUUGCCCCCUGCUGGCUGUUAGAGAGAAUGCAGUUGUAAGUUCCAUCUGCAUGGUUUCACUUUCAAACCCAGAGGUUGCUGCAUGGUUGAGAUUAGAGAAAUAACAUUUGACAACCGCUCGUCACGUAACUACAAAUCUGGAUUGGACAACGGUGCACGCCAUGAGCUGCAAAACAACUGCAGGAUGUUGAGUUUCUAAUUUUUUUUCCCGACGUUACUCCUUACUGGCCCCGGGCCAUCGGGCCGCCGUUAUUGUCGAGUAUUCUGAUCUCUGUGGGCCCUCGUCACAGGAAGGCCCUGUACACUCAGUCCCCUUUACCCCCCCAGUCCUACGCCCCUGCCUUCCUGUGGACCCCCGUGGUACCUUAUUCCAGACAAAAAUUAUGUAUGGUAUUGUCCUGAAUAACACGCAUGAUGUUUGUCAAUUUUGCAAGUCAAGAAAGUCGCAGUUUGUCGCAAAACAGUUGAAGUAUAAGACUGUGAAAAUACGUACGUGACGACAUAACUUUCUCUCUCAAUGACUGAAGCUAUCCUCAAAGAGCUUCCAUGUGUAGAUGAUGUGAUGAAAGGACCAGGAGUCGUUGGAUUAAACAAAUCAGAUGAGAUACAUCUGUGCGUGGAACACAGCUAAGUUACCUACCUUAGCAUUACAGCGCUAACAUGGUGGUGACAUGAGAUGUAGUUCAUUGAGCGGUUUCACACAAAACUAAAUGUUACUUUAUUGUUUUACAACAAACUGCGACUUUCUUGGCUUGCAAAAGAACCCAUGGGGCGGAAACGAAGGAGGAACAAAGUCAUUGGUGGUCUUUCAUUUUAAAUAACUCUCUGAGUCGUUAUACAUGAUCAUGUGAUGGUCACCACUGAGGAAUGUUUCAACUGUUUCCCAGAAAUUCCAUUUUCAUAUCAAAUUGCUCUUAAAUACUCUAGUACCCAUGAGCCUCAGCAGCUGUUGAUAUGCAGAAGACCACAGCAAGUUCAGGACACUUUGUCGCUGCAAUCAGGAACAAAACUGCACCGAAGCUGCUGAACUUAUCCAAAAUCUAAAAAAAAAGUAUGAUGAUUCUAAUUUCUACUUUUAGCUAAGCUCAAUGCUGGGAUUUGACGCCAUAUCCCCCUCACGGAUUUUUUCAAAAAAGCUUUUAAGUUUUAUGAGCAUCUCGUUUUAGUUUCCACUCCACCGCUCUGUUUUUCAGUUGUAAUCUUAAUUAUCCAGAGUUUCGGUGAACAGUUUUAAAGUCUGUUGAACUGAAAAAUUGGCAGCUUCAAUCCAGUUCUCCUAAAACGUAUAAUUAAUAAUAAUAACUUAAACCCAUCGCUAACAAACCACAGUUUUGUCUGCUCUGUUAUUCCCUCCCUCCUUUUUGCAGCUCUAUCAAGUCUUGCCUUUGUUUUUAUCUCCCCUUCUCAAAACUAAAUAAACAUUAAUUAUGAGACACAGAUCACGAGCCCACCUUGUAGUCUGUCCAGUUCAGUCAGUUCAAACUAUUUUGCUAAUUUGCAACUAAGUUCUCUCAGCAGCCAAAGAGGUGUUGUUACGUCAUGUGACUUUAACAUAUUGUGGGUCCUCUAGGCGUCAGCAGCAGCAACAAUGGACGGCAAGAUUUGUUAGUACUUCUUAACUGAUUCCACAUUAUUCAACUUUAUUUGGGAGGAAUAAAUAAAAUUAUUUAAGAAAAUAAUUAUUAUGCAAUGAGCACAAAGGAGGAGGUAUGAAUGCUGCACCUUUUAAACUCCCUAAAUAAAGUUUACAAAGUGAAACAGAAAACAAAAUAUGAAAAUAAAAAAACACAGCAGCACCCAGAAUCUGAUUCCCAGCUUAAAUUUUCAGAAGGUUUUGUGAAGUGAAAAAAAGUAGCCACUGUUUUCAGUGUUUGUGGAUUAAUAUAACAUAUCAUUUAUGCAAAUAUAAUAUAUUUAAAUUUAUUUAUAUCCCAGGUAGUUUAUAUAAUUCCCAUAUAUAAAGUCAGUUUUCCUGGUCUCAGUUUGUGCCGCUACAGUCGAGUCACAGAGGUAAAGUUACCCAGUGAUCUUUAAAAAAAUAAAAGGUUGUUAAAAAAAGCUAAGCUCACAGUUGCUCUGAAUGUUUUUCCAGAAUCUUCCCAACCAUCUGGAUGAAACAAAUAUUCCAUCUGUUGCACAAUAUUAAAGACUUUUAACCCGUUUCUCAAGCUGCGACUGUAUUUUCUAUCCAGGUAGUUGUAAAUUACAUCCGUCCUUUCAAUUCAAUUUUAUUUAUACAGCGCCAAUUCAUAAGAAUUAUCUCAUUGCACUAGGGCUGGGAAAUAAAACAAUAAUGAUAAUUAUCGCAAUAUAAUUUUCAAUCCUCAAUAACAAUAUAAUAAAUGUUCAACACAUUGUCAGAACAUAUUAGCUUAAUUUUUCUGUUAAAAUAUUUAUUUUGUUGAGGAAAAGGGACUGAAAAAAGAUUUACUAAUCGUAUUUAUUAAAUUUUUUUUUUAAUCAUAAUAGUUUUGAAUGUUCUCCCUCAGUAACUUAUUAAGUGAUCCGCUGUUUGGCAUCAAGUGUUUCUCACGUUCUGACCAUAAAGAAAAGUUAACCUGGUUU